CCCAAUCCAAGCUAACUUACUUACUUGUCAACUCAUACUACGUAAGUACUAGGCUAAUAAUUAGGAGUGAGUGAGUGAGUGACUUGACUGACUUCCCCGGCCCCUUCUCCCAAACAAUGAGUCGCACUCUGCUGCCUAACUCUUCUUCCCUCCUCUCAAAACGCCACCUCAUCAUCGGCCCUCGAAAAUCGCGGCGGCAGCCCAUGCUCCGCGUGGCGCUAAUUCACUACCCUUCCACAUCGUGCUGCCUCUCCACAGCUGCAACGCCCUUCACCCCGCUGCCCAAACUGGGCAAGAAAUGGAGCGAGUACCAGGGCCUCAACUACUGGAAGGGCCUCCUCGACCCAAUCGACGACACUCUGCGAGCCGUCAUUCUCAGGUACGGCCAGUUCGUCGACGCCGCCUACGACUCCUUCGACUUCGAUCCUUCCUCGCCUGCAUACGGCACCUGUAAGUUCACCCGCGGCUCCCUCCUCUCCGGCCGCGGCUUUACCGGCUACCGGGUCACCAAGUUCCUCCACGCCACCUGCGGCCUCCACCUCCCUCGCUGGGCCUCCGCCCGCUCCACCUGGAUCGGCUACGUGGCCGUCUGUCAGGACAAGGACGAGAUCGACCGCCUCGGCCGCCGCGAUGUCGUCAUCGCCCUCCGCGGCACCGCCACCUGGAUGGAGUGGCUGGAGAACCUACGCGCCACCCUCACCUGCCUCGACGACUGCGGGGCCGGCGACGACGCGCGGCCCAUGGUGGAGAGCGGCUUUCUCAGCAUGUACACCUCCGGGACUGCCACGUGUCCCAGCCUCCAGAGCACCGUCAAGGCCGAGGUCGCCAGGAUCAUGCGCACCUACGGCGGCCAUGGGGAAGCGCCGCUCAGCUUCACGGUCGCCGGCCACAGCCUUGGAGCCGCGCUGGCCACGCUAGCCGCCCACGACAUCAACUCCACGUUCGCCGACGCGCCAAUGGUGACGGUCAUGUCCUUCGGCGGGCCCCGGGUGGGCAACAGAAGCUUCCGCCGCCGGCUGGAGAGGGGUGGAACCAGGAUACUUAGGAUCGUCAAUUCCGAUGACUUCAUCACCAAAGUGCCCGGCUUCGUCGUGGACAAUAAUAAUAAUAAUAAUAAUAAUAAUAAUAAUAAUAAUAAUCACAAGAACAGUACUGCUGGUGAGUUCCCCAUGUGGGUGAAGAAGCGCGUGGAACACACGCCGUGGGGUUAUGACGAGGUGGGGAAGGAGCUGCAGCUGAGGAGCGGGGAGUCGCCGUACAUAUUCAAAAGGGAUGUCGCCACGUGUCACGAGCUGAGCACGUAUCUCCACUUGGUGGAUGGGUUGGCGAGCUCCACGUGUCCGUUAAGAGCCACGGCAAGGAAAAUGUUCAACAACGACUUCUGGUGUGGAAAGGUUGGGAUAUUUUAGUUACAGAGCUGAGAAAAGCCAUCGACAACAGAAAGGAGGUGACGAGGAGGAUAGAUUUAUACACAUAUCCGAACAUUUUUAGUAUAAAGCUUAGCCAGGGUCGGGAUUCCUACAUGGCUUAAUAUAACUUAAUUAUUAUAAAGUAGCUAGCUAGAUUUUGCUUUCUUCCUCGUUUCCUAGACUAUACAAAUGGUUAUUAAUUAUUAACUGCAGAUAAAAAGUUUCACAAAAAAAAAAAUUGCAGAUAAAAAGCACAAGGAUUAGCGUUAUCCGGUAGAACCGAAUCCAUUCCAACUGAGUUCCUUGCUCCUCAAAUAGUUAAACGAAUUGAGAGUUGAGACACAUUCUAGGCCGAAAGAGUGGCAUAGGAGUGAAUGCAUAAUAAUAAUAAUAAUAAGGUAUUCAGCUUGAA